AAGGUACAAUUAUUCAUAUUUGGAAAUAUUAAAACUCUAUGAUUAAUGAACUUGAGAGUUAGAAAUUUAAACCAUAAGAUUUAAAAACUUGACAUUAAGAAUUUCCAUUUACUCUCUCUCUCUCUUUCUCUCUCUGAUACACUCCCCUCGUAAACUGUCAGUUCUCAGUAGAUCGAGCAGCUUUCAGGGCGUCAGCACAUGUGUGCACUUCAUUUUUGUUUUUGUUUGUUUGUAUACAAUAUUGUACGCAUUUUUAGUAUUCACUACGCGUCUCACUUCAUAAUUACAGCGUUCAGUGAUUUAAGUGUGCACUUAUAAGUGACCAGUGAGAUACAAGUGCCAUGGUGAUCCAAGUGAGCUGAAAUAAGUGACGCUAUAAAUGGAAAAGCGAAGUGAUAUAUCAAUUACUGUAGAGGAGGUGCCGGGAGGGUGCAGUAAUAACUUGUUUGUAUCGGGGGAUUGCAAUGAGAAUGUGAUGAGUGGGGAUGAUGUUGCCACCUCCUGGAAAUGCGGAAACUGUACAGGCGACCCAUCAGGAGAAGGGUUUCCGAAAAAAAGUUCUCUGACUGUAGCGGAGAAACCAACCUCUUUAGGGUUGGAUAAACCUACCUAUUCACCUGCUCCGUCUCCUCAGGAAACAUGGAAUAUCUCAGGACCAAUGAUAUUGAGAUCAGAUAUCCGUGAAGCAUCUCAGUCUCCCUGGUUACAGAAGGAGAUACAGAAGGUGUUGAGCAGUGGUGGAAAUUAUCUCCAGAUUCCAACUGCUGGAAGUACAAGGAGGAGACACUCGUGGAUUUGCGGGUCCGAACUUUUUAAAACAACUCGAUAGCUAAUUUUUCAUGAUAUAUUUUAUUCCUUUGAUAUAAAAAUUGUUCAGAAAUAUUCUAACAACUUAUUUGGAAAAUAAAGUUUGAUAUAUUUCCCGAA